CUUUUCUGCCAAUUCAGAGUCAAGCGAUCAAAUCUGCAAGGCGCGUCCGAAGCGGAUAUAUUAACUUUGCUUACGUGGCGCUGUCCUUGGUUCCAGCGAUGCGAUUGGGAGAAAAGGCGGACGAAGUCCAAGCGGUUGACGAGAUCUUUUGAUAUUUUCGUGCGCAUCGCUGCAUCUCGAUGCGUUGACCAUACAGUACAAGGAAGGGUCAGCCGCUGGAAAACUGUGUGUUCUGCAUUUCAUAACAAUGUCAGAAACGUUAGCGGAAAUUAUAAUUAAUGAAGUGAAAAGCAGACGCAUGCUUUGGGAUAUUAAGCAUAAGAGUUAUCAUGAUCGGAAGCUUGUGGACUGGGAAUGGAGGAAGAUCGCAGAAAAUGUAGCAGAAACAAAGGAGGCAGUGAAGACCAAAUGGAAAAACUUGCGAGACACUUUCCGCAAAGAGUUAAAAAAGGUACCGAACAGCCGCCCCGAGGAUGACGCAGAGAUGGCCCCGCGCUACCCUGGGACUUGGCCUCACUACGAUGCCAUGUUGUUUCUGCGACCUGUCAUUACUCCAAGACAGACCAAAGACAACGUUCAGACUCCAGAUUUAUCCUACACAUUCGCGAGCGAAUACGAUAAAGAAGGUGCUAAAUGUAAAGAGAGAAUUGAUGCCAACGAAAGCGACAUUGAAUCUUCGCAGUCUUUUCAGCUGAACGCGUCUUCGAACCAGUCCGUUUCAACUUCCCUGCCCUCAACCUCCGGAACAAACGAACAUUAUGACAAAACCCGAAAUUCAAAAGUAACGUUCCAGUCGAAGAGAAAGUUAAGGAAGGAAUUGCGACAGCUUCAAAAUUCCUUGUCCGGUGUUACUGUGCCAAUUGAUGGAAUUAAAAUAUCCCCUUCUGCAUCCAAAAGACUUAAACUGCAGCCCACCGCGAGUUCUGAAAAUUUUGAGAAGGAAAUAUCGGAAAUCCUGUCUAAGCAACUUUCAUUGCUACGAGGGAAGUCUGGUGAAGAUGACGAGGACAUGAACUUUUUCAAAUCUCUAAUCCCUCACGUCAAGCAACUUCCUUGUAUUCAUAAGUUGAACUUUCGGAGCCGAGUCCAAAAUUUAUUGGCCCAUGAGCUGUUGAAGAUAUAUGGCAGCUCAUGCCGGUCUCCUUCCGCUACUCCACGUCAAAGAAGUCCUUCUUCUACCUCAUCGUCACCGACGCCCUCACCAGCAAAUUGGAGGGACGAUGAAUACUGAUAUUGAACGCGUCAGGACAGGACUCGUCCAGUAUUGAUCGCUGGUCCGGGAAGCUUAUGCGAGGUAGGACUGGCGCACACCGUUCGAGCAAAAAGUAAAAGCGCUUUUUAGCACGAUGGAGCAGAAUUAAGCAGAAAGCAUUUUGCUCGUCUCACUUUCUCAAGCCGGCCAUUCACGAUCGCUAAAGAUGGAUGACAUCCGAAUGGAUGACGUCCAAACGGAUGUCGUCCAAAGAGGUACUACAUUCACGGUCGCGUCACGCCAGUCGCGGUUUGUUGUCACUCUGUGAAGUGCGUGGUGUUUGCGAUGGACGAAGAAUUGGUACUACCUACGGCAGUAUGCCUGUAUAUUAGAAUGAAAAAACCAAAACGAAAGUGAUCAAAGCAAUGGCUCUUAAACAGAAGCAAUUUAAGUCACGUCAAUUUAAUUAGUGAACUGAGUUUGGAGCCGUCAGACUGGAGAAACUAUUUACGAAUGGAUGAGUGUGCUUAUUUCCGCUUAUUGGGGCUAGUCACGCCUGUGAUACAAAAACAGGACACGAAUAUGAGACAAUGCAUCAGUCCUCAUGAAAGAUUGUCAGCGACUUUGAGAUUUUUGGCUUCAGGCAUGAACUAUGAAGAACUGAAGUAUGUGACAGCUACUUCUCCACAACGUUUAGGAGUAAUUAUCCCCGAGACUUGCAGGGCAAUACUGCAGUGUUUGAAAGGAUACCUUAAGGUAAGGUCAGGAUUAUUACUAUAUUUGUUAAAAUUUAAUUAGUUUCUAAAUGUAAUUAUUUUUUUACAUUUAAUUAGUUUCAAUUAGUUCGUGAAUCACAUGACUGAUGAUGCCACUUAAGAGGCGAAACAUGUCUCAUAAUAUAUUUUAACUUAUUUGUAAAAUACAUGGCAACUCUCUAUAUUUAUCAAUAACGAAAUCACGCCCCGACAUUAUGCAACUUUCGACUUGACUGGACGAAGGCUCGUGGCAGACUGGCAUGAGAAUGGACCACGUUUCCGCCACUCACGAUACGAUGGCGCGAUGGAGUGAUGGAGCGAUCGGAUGGAUUAUGGCUCGACAGAAUAUCCAAACGAGCCCACCGCGCCACGCCAAUGGACUUGAGUUUCCGCAUUCACAGUACAAUUUUGGAGCGACACCGCGCCAUUUGGACGAAUGGAGCGAUCGUGAAUGGCCGGCUUCAGACCAUUGCUCGCUUGUGAAGCUAGAUGUAGCAUUUUGUUGUGCGCAUGCGCCAGCUGCUGUUCAUCAUUUGUUUUCAAGUUAGAAUACAGUCUUGCUCGCUUUUAUAGCACUGAAUAUUAAAUUAAGGCACUACCAGUGUUGCAAAAUAUCACUUUACCUACUGAAAUCAGAUCCAAACUCUUUCCUUAUAAUUAAUUUUAAGAGUAUGGAUGUUGGCUUGUUAUUUAUAAUUCAUUCUGCCUUCUGCGAUAAAGACUGCUUGUCACUGCCUUG